UGGUCGUGACUCAUUGAGCCCCUGUUGCAGGGGACAAGCAAGGGGGACAUCCACAGAACCAAGGGCUGCCAAGGGGACCCACCCUGCCCUGCCCUGAGACACCCCACUUCCAGGGUUGGGGACAGAACAGGUGCAGAGGCACUGCAGCCACCCCCAUUGCCCAGCCUCCUGAAUGAUGCCAGCCCCGUAUCCUCUAACCUCCAGUUUGGCCCUCCUGGUGCUACUGGGCACAGCCAGAACAGGGCCCUUCUCUUCACGGUCCAAUGUGACACUCAUGGCCCCAAGGCCCCCUCCUCAGCCAGGGGGCCACACAGUGGGGACAGGAGGAGGAAGCCCCUCUUCUCAGCUUUAUGAGCACACAGUGGAAGGAGGGGAGAAGCAGGUGGUAUUCACCCACCGUAUUAACCUGCCCCCUUCCACUGGCUGUGGCUGUCCCCCGGGCACUGAGCCCCCUGUCCCUGCUUCAGAGGUACAGGCCCUGAGAAUCCGGCUAGAGAUCCUGGAGGAGCUGGUGAAGGGGCUCAAGGAACAGUGCACUGGGGGAUGUUGCCCUGCUGCUGCCCAGGCUGGCACAGGUCAGACAGAUGUGCGUAGCCUCUGCAGCCUUCAUGGUGUGUUUGACCUGAGCCGCUGCGCCUGUUCCUGUGAGCCAGGCUGGGAUGGGCCCACUUGCUCAGACCCCACAGACGCUGGAUUGUCCCCCUCCUCCCAACCCCCAGCCUCAGGGUCCUGCCCUGACGACUGUAAUGAUCAGGGUCGUUGUGUCCGUGGUCGAUGCGUGUGCUUCCCUGGCUACACCGGCCCCAGCUGUGGCUGGCCCUCCUGUCCCGGGGACUGCCAAGGUCGCGGGCGUUGCGUGCAGGGCGUGUGCGUUUGCCGAGCUGGUUUCUCAGGAGAUGACUGUGGCCAGCGCUCCUGCCCUCGGGGCUGCAGCCAGAGGGGACGCUGCGAGGACGGACGCUGCAUGUGCGACCCCGGUUACACUGGUGAAGACUGUGGGGUGAGGAGCUGCCCUCGUGGUUGCAACCAGAAGGGGCGUUGCGAGAAUGGGCGCUGCGUGUGCAACCCUGGCUACACUGGUGAGGACUGUGGGGUGAGGAGCUGCCCCCGGGGCUGCAGCCAGAGGGGGCGUUGCGAGAAUGGGCGCUGUGUCUGUGACCCUGGCUACACUGGCGAGGACUGCGGCAUGCGGAGCUGCCCCUGGGACUGUGGCGAGGGCGGACGCUGCGUGGACGGCCGUUGCGUGUGCUGGCCCGGGUACGCGGGCGAGGACUGCAGCACGAGGACUUGUCCGCGCGACUGCCAGGGCCGAGGGCGCUGCGAGGACGGCGAAUGCAUCUGCGACGCGGGCUAUAGCGGAGACGACUGUGGCGUGCGCAGCUGCCCUGGCGACUGCAACCAAAGGGGACGCUGUGAGGACGGCCGCUGCGUGUGCUGGCCCGGGUAUACCGGGCCCGAUUGCGGCGCUCGCGCCUGCCCACGCGACUGUAGAGGCCGCGGGCGCUGCGAGAAUGGCGUGUGUGUGUGCAACACGGGCUACAGCGGCGAGGACUGCGGCGUGCGCAGCUGUCCUGGAGACUGUCGGGGACGGGGCCGCUGUGAGAAUGGGCGCUGCAUGUGUUGGCCCGGGUAUACAGGCCGAGACUGCGGCACACGCGCCUGCCCUGGUGACUGCCGCGGGCGGGGGCGCUGCGUGGAUGGCCGCUGCAUGUGCAACCCAGGCUUCACCGGAGAUGACUGUGGGAGCCGUCGGUGUCCAGGAGAGUGCCGUGGGCACGGCCGCUGUGAGGAUGGCGUGUGCGUGUGUGAUGCGGGCUACUCAGGCGAGGACUGCGGCGUGCGAAGCUGCCCUGGGGAUUGCCGAGGCCGCGGCCAGUGCCUGGACGGGCGCUGCAUGUGCGACGAGGACUACUCUGGCGAGGAUUGCAGUGUGAGGCGGUGCCCGCGCGACUGCAGCCAGCAUGGCGUGUGCCACGACGGUGUGUGUAUCUGUUGGGAGGGCUACACAGGCGAGGACUGUAGCAUCCGCACCUGCCCCUCUAACUGCCACGGUCGCGGCCGCUGUGAGGACGGGCGCUGCGUGUGCGACCCUGGCUAUACUGGCCCUGCCUGUGCCACUCGCACCUGCCCAGCUGAUUGCCGGGGUCGUGGGCGCUGUGUGCAGGGUGUGUGCAUGUGCCACGCAGGCUAUAGCGGUGAGGACUGCGGGCAAGAAGAGCCUCCUGCCAGCGCUUGCCCUGGGGGCUGUGGGCCUCGAGAACUGUGCCAGGCAGGCAAGUGUGUGUGUGUAGAGGGCUUUCGAGGUCCUGACUGUGCCAUCCAGACGUGCCCAGGAGACUGCCGUGGCAGGGGAGAGUGUCGCCAGGGCAGCUGUAUCUGCCAAGAAGGCUACGCUGGGGAAGACUGUGGGGAAGAGAUGCCAGCCAUUGAGGGCAUGAGGAUGCACCUUCUCGAGGAGACGACCGUUCGGACAGAGUGGACCCGGGUCCCUGGCCCUGUGGAUGCCUACGAAAUUCAGUUCAUCCCCACGACAGAGGGGAUAAGUCCCCCAUUCACAGCACGGGUGCCUAGUUCUGCCUCAGCCUAUGACCAGAGAGGACUGGCCCCUGGCCAAGAGUACCAGGUCACGGUCCGUGCCCUUCAAGGGACCAGCUGGGGCCCUCCUGCCUCCAAGACCAUCACCACUAUGAUCGAUGGUCCCCAGGACCUCCGAGUGGUGGCUGUGACACCAACCACACUGGAGCUCAACUGGCUGCGCCCUCAGGCUGAGGUGGACCGAUUUGUGGUGUCCUAUGUCAGUGCUGGCAACCAGAGGGUGCGUCUGGAAGUGCCCCCUGAAGCAGAUGGAACAUUGCUGACUGACUUGAUGCCAGGCGUGGAGUAUGUGGUGACUGUCACAGCAGAGCGGGGCCGGGCAGUCAGCUACCCAACUUCUGUCAGGGCCAACACAGCACCAAGCCACUACAGUUAUCCGGAGGUGCGCCCUCCAGCCCCGCCCCCCAAGCCCCGGCCUCGGCCGGCCCCGCGGCCCCCACAGCCCCCUCGGCCCUCGCGGCCUGCAGAGGAGGGGUCGGAGCCCCGCCCCCCCCGGCCCAGCCUGCCCCAACCCCCGCGGCGGACGUGGGGCAACCUGACCGCCGAACUGGGCCGCUUCCGCGGCACAGUGCAGGACCUGGAGCGCCACCUGCGGGCUCACGGCUACCCUCUGCGGGCCAACCAGACUUACUCGUCGGUGGCGCGCCACAUCCACGAAUACUUGCAGCGGCGUCUGGCGGCUGCCGCCCCCGCCGGCUCCCCCGCCCCCAAGCCCGGUCGCCCACGCCCCACCGCCAGCCCUGACCCAAGCACCAGGAAACGGGACUCCAACCAGGGCAUCUAUGGCCUAUCGCCAGAAGGCGUUGACCAGGUGGCUGCGCCCCGCCACCCCAAGCCCGAGGUGCUGGGCAGUUCGGCCGACGGCGCGCUUCUUGUGUCCCUCGACGGGCUCCGCGGCCAGUUCGAGCGCGUGGUGUUACGCUGGCGGCCCCAGCCGCCCGCAGAGGGCCCCGGCGGUGAGCUGGCCGUGCCCGGCACCACGCGCACCGUCAGCCUUCCGGACCUCAGGCCCGGCACCACCUACCACGUGGAGGUCCACGGGGUGCGGGCGGGGCAGACCUCCAAGUCCUACGCCUUCAUCACCACCACAGGGUCCUCACCCUCGGGCCUCUUGGGGGCUACCGAUGAGCCUCCUCCUUCAGGCCCCUCAACGACCCAAGGGGCCCGGGCCCCUCUCCUGCAGCAGCGCCCCCAGGAGCUGGGAGAGUUGAAGGUGCUGGGCAGAGAUGAGACAGGACGCCUCCGUGUGGCCUGGACCGCCCAGCCCGACACCUUUGCCCACUUCCAGCUGCACCUGCGAGUACCUGAGGGGCCAGGAGCACAUGAGGAACUUCUGCCAGGGGACAUCCGCCAGGCUCUGGUGCCCCCACCCCCUCCUGGAUCCCCUUAUGAGCUGUCACUUCGUGGGGUCCCCCCUGGGGGCAAGCCUUCUGACCCCAUCAUCUACCAAGGCAUUAUGGACAGGGAUGAGGAAAAGCCUGGGAAACCCUCAGGUACACCACGCCUGGGUGAGCUGACGGUGACAGACAUGACCUCUGACUCCUUGCUCCUGCGCUGGACGGUCCCCAAGGGCACAUUUGACUCCUUUGUGAUCCAGUACAAGGAUAGGGAUGGGCAACCUCAGGUAGUGCCUGUGGAGGGGCCCCAGCGCUCAGCCCCCAUCACUUCCCUGGACCCAGGCCGCAAGUACAAAUUUGUCCUGUAUGGGCUUGUUGGCAAGAAGAGGCAUGGCCCCCUGGUGGCUGAAGCCAAGAUCUUGCCUCAGAGUGACCCAAGAACUCCACCCCGCCUAGGAAAGCUGUGGGUGACAGACCCUACCCCAGACUCACUGCACCUCUCUUGGACCGUCCCUGAGGGCCAGUUCGACUCUUUCGUGGUCCAAUACAGGGACAGAGAUGGACAGCCCCAGGUGGUACCUGUGGAAGGGCCUGAGCGUUCAGUCACCAUCUCCCCAUUGGACCCUGACUACAAGUACAGAUUCACUUUGUUUGGGAUUGCCAACAAGAAGCGACAUGGCCCCCUCGUGGCUGAUGGUACCACUGCCCCAGAGAGGAAAGAGGAGUCCCUCCACCCUGAAUCUCCCAAGCAGCCCCUCCUGGGGGAGUUGACAGUGACUGGCGUGACUCCAGACUCCCUGCGCCUAUCAUGGACAGUAGCCCAAGGCCCCUUUGACUCCUUCAUGGUCCAGUACAAAGAUACACAAGGGCAGCCCCAAGCAGUGCCCGUCAAGGGGGAUGAGAACGAGGUUACCAUUCCUGGGCUGGAGCCCGACCGGAAAUAUAAGAUGAACCUCUACGGGCUUCGUGGCAGGCAGCGUGUGGGGCCCGUGUCUGUGGUGGCCAAGACGGCUGCUCUAGAGAUUGUGGAUGAGACCCCCAGGCCCACAGAACCCAGCACAGAGAUCCCAGAACCCCCAGAGGAACCACUUCUAGGGGAGCUAGUGGUAACAGGAUCAUCCCCAGACUCGCUGAGCCUCUCCUGGACCGUCCCCCAGGGCCACUUCGACUCCUUCACUGUCCAGUACAAGGAUAAGGAUGGACGGCCCCAGGCAGUGCGUGUCGGGGGCGAGGAGAGAGAGGUCACAAUGGGGGGCCUGGAGCCCAGGCGCAAGUACAAGAUGCACCUGUAUGGCCUGCAUGAGGGGCAGCGCGUGGGCCCCGUGUCCACUGUGGGCAUCACAGACCCCCAACAGGAGGAAGAGACUCCUCCAGCUACUGAGCCCCCCCUGGAACCACGCCUGGGAGAGCUGACAGUGACAAAUGUGACCCCCAACUCCAUUGGCCUCUUGUGGACUGUCUCUGAGGGCCAGUUUGACUCCUUUGUGGUCCAGUACAAGGACAGGGAUGGGCAGCCCCAGGUGGUGCCAGCAGCCACAGACCAGCGGGAGGUCACAGUCUCCAACCUGGAGCCUGCAAGAAAAUACAAGAUAAAUGUCUAUGGGUUACAUGGUGGGCAACGCGUGGGCCCCCUCUUUGUAGUAGCUGAGACAGAUGCCCUCCCACCAGCCCCAGCCACAGAGGCCUCCAAGCCCCCCUUGGAGCCACGCCUGGAGGACCUGACAGUGAUAGACGUGACCCCUGAUUCUGUGGGCCUCUCCUGGACGGUCCCUGAGGGUGCAUUCGACUCUUUCGUGGUCCAGUACAAGGACAGGGAUGGGCAGCCCCAGGUGGUGCCAGUGGCUACAGACCAGCGGGAGGUCACCAUUCCUAACCUGGAGCCCUCCCGCAAGUACAAGUUCCUGCUCUUUGGAAUCCAGGAUGGAAAACGACGUGGUUCAGUCUCUGUGGAGGCAAAGACAGGUGAUGCCAGCCCAGGGGCCUCGCCCCAGCUCGGGGAGCUAUGGGUGACGAACCCCACCUCAGACUCGCUGCACCUUUUCUGGACAGUCCCUGAGGGCCAGUUUGACUCUUUUGUGGUCCAGUUCAAAGACAAGGAUGGACCCCAGGUAGUGCCUGUGGAGGGCCAUGAGCGCUCAGUCACUGUCACACCUCUGGAUGCCGGCCGCAAGUACAGAUUUCUCCUCUAUGGCCUCCUGGGCAAGAAGCGCCAUGGCCCCCUGACUGCUGAUGGCACCACGGAGGCUCAGAGUGCUAUGGAUCAUACUGGAACAAAGCGUCCCCCAAAACCCCGUCUGGGGGAGGAGCUGCAGGUGACCAGCGUGACCCCGAACUCCGUGGGCCUCUCAUGGACAGUCCCUGAGGGCCAAUUUGACUCCUUUGUGGUCCAGUACAAGGACAGGGAUGGGCAGCCCCAGGUGGUGCCCGUGGAAGGCAGCCUCAGGGAGGUCAGCGUCUCGGACCUGGACCCAGCCCACAGGUACAAGCUGCUGCUCUAUGGGCUGCACAGUGGCAAGCGUGUGGGUCCCAUCUCUACCAUUGCCAUAACCGCCUCCAGGGAAGAAAUCAAAGCUGCAACCACAGCCCCCACCCCUUUGGUACCUGAGCCCCGCCUAGGGGAGCUGACAGUAGAAGAGGCCACGUCACAUACCCUGCAUCUCUCCUGGAUGGUGACUGAGGGAGAAUUUGACUCCUUUGAGGUCCAGUACACAGAUAGAGAUGGGCAACUCCAAAUGGUCACUGUAGAGGGUGACAAGAAUGACAUUACCCUUUCUGGGUUGGAAUCCGACCACAGAUACCUGGUGACCCUGUAUGGUUUCCAUGAUGGGCAGCGUGUGGGUCCUGCCUACGCUGAGGCUCUGACAGUCCCACGGGAGGAAGAAGAGGAGCCUUCAGAACCUCCCAUCACACCACGCCUGGAGGAGCUGACUGUGACAGAUGCCACCCCCGACUCCCUGACCCUCUCCUGGAUGGUCCCUGAGGGCCAAUUUGACCACUUUCUGGUCCAGUACAAGAACGGGGAUGGACAGCCCAAGGCAGUGCAGGUGCCAGGGCACGAGGAUGGGGUCACCAUCUCAGGCCUGGAGCCAGAUCACAAGUACAAGAUGAACCUGUACGGCUUCCAUGGGGGCCAGCGUGUGGGCCCUGUCUCUGCCAUCGGGGUGACAACCACAGUGGAAGAGACCCCUGCCCCCAUGGAGGUGGAGGAGACCCCCAGCCCCACAGAACCCAGCACGGAGACUCCAGAGCCCCCAGAGGAGCCACUCCUGGGGGAGCUGACAGUGACAGGAUCGUCCCCAGACUCGCUGAGCCUCUCCUGGACCAUUGCCCAGGGCCGUUUUGACUCCUUCACUGUCCAGUACAAGGACAGGGAUGGGCAGCCUCAGGUGAUGCGUGUCAGGGGCGAGGAUCGAGAGGUCACUGUGGGUGGCCUGGAGCCCAGGCGCAAGUACAAGAUGCACCUGUACGGCCUGCACGAGGGGCGGCGCGUGGGCCCCGUGUCCACUGUGGGUGUGACAGCCCCCCAAAAGGAACUUCCGGAUUCCCUCCUUCCAAAGCCACACCUGGGGGAAAUGACAGUGACAGAUGCGACCCCUGACUCCCUGACCCUCUCCUGGAUGGUCCCCAAGGGCCAGUUUGACCACUUCCUGAUCCAAUACAAGAAUGGGGAUGGGCAGCCCAAGGCAGUGCGGGUGCCGGGGCAUGAGGACGGGGUCACCAUCUCGGGCCUGGAGCCAGACCACAAGUACAAGAUGAACCUGUAUGGCUUCCAUGGAGGCCAACGCGUGGGCCCUGUUUCAGCUGUCGGUUUAACUGGAAAGGACGAAGAAAUUAUCCCAGCACUAACAGAGCCUCUGCCCACAACCCCUGAGACUCCCAUCAAGCCACGCCUGGGAGAGUUGACUCUGACAGAUGUCACCCCCGACUCCCUGACCCUCUCCUGGACGGUCCCUGAGGGCCAAUUUGACCACUUUCUGGUCCAGUACAAGAACGGGGACGGACAGCCCAAGGCAGUGCGGGUGCCAGGGCACGAGGAUGGGGUCACCAUCUCAGGCCUGGAGCCAGGUCACAAGUACAAGAUGAACCUGUACGGCUUCCAUGGGGGCCAGCGUGUGGGCCCUGUCUCUGCCAUCGGGGUGACAACCACAGUGGAAGAGACCCCUGCCCCCAUGGAGGUGGAGGAGACCCCCAGCCCCACAGAACCCAGCACGGAGACUCCAGAGCCCCCAGAGGAGCCACUCCUGGGGGAGCUGACAGUGACAGGAUCGUCCCCAGACUCGCUGAGCCUCUCCUGGACCAUUGCCCAGGGCCGUUUUGACUCCUUCACUGUCCAGUACAAGGACAGGGAUGGGCAGCCUCAGGUGAUGCAUGUCAGGGGCGAGGAGCGAGAGGUCACCGUGGGUGGCCUGGAGCCCAGGCGCAAGUACAAGAUGCACCUGUACGGCCUGCACGAGGGGCGGCGCGUGGGCCCCGUGUCCACUGUGGGCAUGACCACCUCCCUGCCCACACAGCCCCCUAUGGAGCCCCGCUUGGGGGAGGUGGCUGUGGCGGCUGUGACCUCGGACACCGUGGGCCUGUCGUGGACUGUGGCCCAGGGCCCCUUCGACUCCUUCCUGGUGCAGUACAGGGAUGCGCAGGGGCAGCCGCAGUCAGUGCCCGUGAGCGGAGACCUCCGUGAGGUCACGGUCUCCGGGCUGGACCCGGCCCGCAAGUACAAGUUCCUGCUUUUUGGGCUCCAACAAGGGAAACGCCACGGCCCCGCCGCCGUGGAGGCCAAGACCGCCCCAGACAAGAAACCCUCUCCCCACCUGGGGGAACUAACAGUGAUGGACGUGACCCCUGACUCAGUGAGCCUCUCCUGGACGGUCCCUGAGGGUGAAUUUGACUCCUUCGUGGUCCAGUACAAGGACAGAGAUGGGCAGCCCCAGGUGGUGCCAGUAGCUGCAGACCAACGAGAGGUCACCAUCCCUGGCCUGGAACCCAAUAGGAAAUACAAGUUCCUGCUCUAUGGUCUGGCAGGCAGGAAGCGACUCGGCCCCGCCUCUACUGAGGGCACCACAGCUCCCCUGGAGAAGGAUCCGCAGCCCCCUCCCCGCCUGGGAGAGCUGACAGUGGCUGAGGAGACCUCAGACUCCCUGCGCUUGUCAUGGACAGUGGCCCAAGGCCCCUUCGACUCCUUUGUGGUCCAAUACAGGGACACUAAUGGGCAGCCCCAGUCGGUGCCUGUGGCCACAGACCAGCGUGAGGUCACCAUAGAGGACUUGGAGCCUGGCAGGAAAUACAAGUUUCUGCUCUAUGGGCUCCUCAGAGGGAAGCGCCUGGGCCCCAUCUCUGUCCUGGGAAUGACAGCCCCAGAGGAGGACACAGCAGCACCAGAGACCCCAAAGCCCUCCGAAAAGCCCCACCUAGGGGUGCUGACAGUGACCGACACAGCCCCAGACUCCAUACGCCUCUCGUGGAGCGUGGUCCAAGGCCCAUUUGAUUCCUUUGUGGUCCAGUAUGAGGAUACAGAUGGGCAGCCCCAGGCCUUGCUUGUGGAUGGUGACCAGAGCAAGGUCCUUAUCUCAGGACUGGAGCCCAGCACCCCCUACAAGUUCUUCCUCUAUGGCCUUCGUGAAGGGAAACGCCUGGGGCCUGUCUCAGCUGAGGGCACCACAGGGCCAGCUCCUGCUGGUCAGACCCCAGGGGAGCCAGGGCCCCGCCUGUCCCAGUUGUCAGUGACUGAUGUGACCACAAGUUCACUGAGGCUCAACUGGGAGGCCCCACCCGGGGCCUUUGACUCCUUCCUGCUCCGCUUUGGGGUCCCAUCACCCAGCACUCUGGAGCCAUAUCCGCGUCCUCUGCUGCAGCGGGAGCUGAUGGUGCCAGGGACACGGCGCUCAGCCAUGCUUCGGGACCUGCGUCCGGGCACUCUAUACAGCCUGACACUGUAUGGGCUGCGUGGGCCCCACAAGGCCGACAGUAUCCAGGGCACCGCCCGCACCCUCAGCCCAGUUCUGGAGAGCCCCCGAGAUCUCCAGUUCAGUGAAAUUGAGGAGACCUCAGCCAAGGUCAGCUGGAUGCCUCCACCAUCCAGAGUGGACAGCUUCAAAGUCUCUUACCAGCUAGCAGAUGGAGGGGAGCCACAGAGUGUGCAGGUGGAUGGCCGGACCCAGAUCCAGAAGCUCCAGGGACUGAUCCCAGGUGCUCGCUAUGAGGUGACUGUGGUUUCCGUGCGCGGCUUUGAGGAGAGUGAGCCUUUAACAGGCUUCCUCACUACAGUUCCCGAUGGGCCCACCCAGCUGCGUGCACUGAACUUGACUGAGGGGUCUGCCCUGUUGCACUGGAAGCCUCCCCAAAAACCUGUGGACACAUAUGACGUCCGCGUCACAGCCCCUGGAGCCCCGUCUCUGCAGGGCUCAGCCCCAGGCAGUGCCGUGGACUACCCUGUAAACAACCUUGAGCUCCACACCAACUACACGGCAACUGUGCAAGGCCUUCGGGGCCCCAACCUCACCUCCCCAGCCAGCAUAACCUUCACCACAGGGCUAGAGGCCCCCCAGGACUUGAAAGCCAAGGAAGUAACUCCCCACACGGCCCUGCUCACUUGGACUAGGCCUCAAGUCCCACCCACAGGCUACCUGCUCAGCUUUGACACGCCUGGCGGACAGACCCAGGAGAUCCUGCUUCCCGGAGGGGUCACCUCUCACCAGAUUCUUGGCCUCUUUCCCUCCACCCCGUACAGUGCACAGCUCCGGGCCAUGUGGGGUGAAAGCCUCACACCACCUGUGUCUACCUCCUUCACCACAGGUGGACUGCGGAUCCCCUUCCCCAGGGACUGUGGAGAGGAGAUGCAAAAUGGGGCCACCACCUCAAGGACCACCACCAUCUUCCUCAAUGGCAACCGCGAGCGGCCCCUGAACGUGUUUUGCGACAUGGAGACUGAUGGGGGUGGUUGGCUGGUGUUCCAGCGCCGCAUGGAUGGACAGACAGACUUCUGGAGAGACUGGGAGGACUAUGCCCAUGGUUUUGGGAACAUCUCUGGGGAGUUCUGGCUGGGCAAUGAGGCCCUGCACAGCCUGACAAAGGCUGGAGACUACUCCAUGCGUGUGGACCUGAGGGCUGGGGAUGAGGCCGUGUUUGCCCAGUAUGACUCCUUCCAAGUAGACUCCGCUGCAGAGUACUACCGCCUCCACCUGGAGGGCUACCAGGGCACUGCAGGGGACUCCAUGAGCUACCACAGUGGCAGUGUCUUUUCCGCACGUGAUCGAGACCCCAACAACUUGCUUAUCUCCUGCGCUGUCUCCUACCGAGGGGCCUGGUGGUACAGGAACUGCCACUAUGCCAACCUCAAUGGGCUCUAUGGAAGCACAGUGGACCACCAGGGAGUGAGCUGGUACUCGUGGAAGGGCUUUGAGUUCUCAGUGCCCUUCACGGAAAUGAAGCUGAGACCAAGAAGCUUUCAGUCCCCAGCGGGAGGAGGCUGAGCUAUCGUCCACCUCUCUCGCACCCCAGUAUGACUGCCAAGCACUGAGGGGUCGCCCUGAGAGAAGAGCUAGGGGCCGCCUUAGCCACCCGGCCACCAGAAGAAACCUUCUCUGUCAGCGAUCUCACAGCAUCAUGUUUACAGGGGGGAGGGGAAGGGGUUAUAUGGAAGCAAUAAAGGAGAAACUGAGGCAC